AUGGCUGCCGCAUACUCCACCAACAACAGGACGGAGAGCGGGCGACCGGUGGUACGGAGCAGGCGAACAUCCACCCAACCCCAAUCACCACCAGCUACCGCGGUCGGAUCUUCACGCCAGUCGCGACCUCUUUCCUCACUCGUCAGUUUUCCGGGAGUUCCCAGUGGCAGCCGGCCCAAAUCCGUGCAUAUAUCUGCGGACGAGUAUAAAGCCAUCACCGAUCUCGUCGAGCUAGCCAAGGAGUUCCUCGAGAAGCAACAAAGUGGCGAUGUCUCGACGUCGUUGAACCAAAACGACUCUCCUAACGUCUCGAAGCCUCCAAAACAGAAUGGGCCCCUCGACCCCUUUGGUGCCAACUUCGACGCCCGGAAGUGGGCCGAGUCCUUCUACCGCCUCCGCUCCGAUUGCUGCGAGGUGCGUAAGGCGGGCGUGGCGUUUCGCAAGCUGAGCAUAUCUGGCCAUGGGUCCGACACGGCGUUCCAGAAAACGGUAGGCAACGCGUGGUGGCUGAAGGCUGUGUCAGCUGUACGUUGGCUGUUGCGCAUGAAGUCCCAACAGGUGCGCAUACUGCAGGAUCUCGAGGGAGUGUUAAAUGACGGUGAGAUGCUGUGUGUACUGGGUCCCCCGGGCAGUGGGUGUUCGACCUUUCUGCGGACGAUCGCGGGGGACUCGCAAGGCACGCAGAUGGCGGAGGAUGCCUAUCUUAACUACCGCGGCGUGAGUGCCGACGAGAUGAAGCGCUAUUUCAGGGGCGACGCCAUCUACACCGCCGAGGAGGACGUGCAUUUCCCGAUGCUCUCGGUGGCGGACACGCUUUUCUUCGCUGCGCGGGCGAGAGCACCUAAGACCCGACCCGGGGGACUUUCGGCGGACGAGUACGCCCGACGCGUAAGGGACGUGACCAUGGCCAUGCUGGGAAUUCAGCACACGAUGCAGACACCCGUCGGCGGCACAGAGGGCGACACGGUGCGCGGCGUGUCGGGCGGCGAGCGCAAGCGUGUGAGCAUCGCCGAGGCAGCCCUGAGCUUCGCGCCGAUUCAGUGCUGGGACAAUAGCACACGAGGGCUCGAUAGCGCCACGACGGUCAACUUUUGCAGGACACUGCGGGUCCAGAGCGACAUCAUGGGCAUGACGAGCGCGGUAGCCAUCUAUCAGGCUCCGCAGGAGGCCUAUGAGCUGUUUGACAAGGUUCUGGUUCUCUACAAGGGACGACAAAUCUACUUUGGCAAGACGACGCAAGCCAAGCGCUAUUUCCAGCGACUGGGCUUCGUUUGUCCUUCGAACCAGACGACGCCGGACUUCCUAACGUCCAUGACCAGUCCGGCUGAGCGUGAGGGCAUCAUUAAGCCCGGCUACGAGACAAAAGUCCCGCAAAGCCCCGAUGAGUUUGCAGAAGCGUGGCGGACAAGCAGCCACCGCCGCCAGCUCGGCCAAGAAUUGGACUCCUACGACACAUCUUUUAGUCUGACGGGCUCGCGUACUCACUAUGCUGACUUCCUGGCGAGCAAAAAAAGUGACCAGUCGUCGUUGCAGCGAUGGAAGUCGCCUUACACCCUCUCGUACCCGCGGCAGGUUCUGCAAUGCCUGUGGCGAUCUCUUGCGCUGCUCAAGGCGGCUCCACAGAUGACGGUGGCGAUGCUUGUCAUAAACUUGUUCCAGACACUCAUCGUGGCCAGCGUCUUCUUUCGGCUGCCCAACACGGCCGAGUCUAUGAAGGCGCGCAGCACGCUUCUGUUCACCGCCGCGCUGGUCAACGCCUUUGGAUGCGUGCUCGAAGUGGGUGCCUUGUACGCCAAGCGCGCCAUCAUUGAGAAGCAUGUGCGCUUUGCUCUAUAUCACACCUCGGCUGAAGCCAUCGCGGAUCUGGUCAUGAGCCUGCCGUACAAGCUGCUCAACGCUAUCACGGUCAACACCAUCUUCUACUGGAUGUGCAACAUGCGCACAGAAGCUGAAGCGUUUUUGUUUUUCGUGCUGGUCCAGUUCGCCAUGACGCUUGCUGUGAGCCUGCUUUUCCGAUUUGUCGCUUCGGUGACCAAGAGCCACGCGGCGGCCAUGGCUCCGUCGACCAUAGUGCUGCUUACGCUAGCGUUGUACACCGGUUUCGCCGUCCCGCCUAUGUAUUACAAGCCGUAUGCCGCGUGGAUCGCCACGGUCAAUCCCGUGGCUUACGGUUUCGAGGCCCUCAUGAUCAAUGAAUUCGGUGACGGGCGUAGGUUCCCUUGUACGGUCUUCGUUCCGUCUGGCCCGACCUACGAUACGGGUAUGAUGACGCAAACACGUGUCUGUGCUGCGCAAGGAGGUGUCGCGGGUGCAACGUUCAUCGAUGGGAGCGCUUACAUCACCGGUGCAUUUGGGUAUCUGGACAGCCAUCGGUGGCGGAAUGUCGGCAUUAUUUUUGCGUUCUCUGCUGCAUAUCUUCUGCUCCAUCUCAUUGCGACGGAGCUGGUGGGUGGUGAAAAGAGUAACGGAGAGAUGCUUGUUUUUCCAAGGGGAAAAGUCCCCAUCAGGCGGGCAAGAGACGUGGAGAACCAUAUCACCAAGGCCGAAGUAAGGACAGCGGCACCGAGUACGAGCAAGCCCAUGGCUUCCCUUCCUGUCACGCCUGUUGCGCCUGUGUUCAUGAAAAGCGGGCAUGGCAAUAGUCAAUUCGCAGGUAUCUAUACUGAUGGGAGUUAUCCAAUGACAACGGGGAGUGGAAAUGAUGCCGGCAGAGAUUCGCUUGCCAAGUCCUGGAACUGGCCGCAGGGGCAAAACGUGUAUAAAGACCGCAGCGGAAGCGAUGACGACGGCGACCUGGGUAUCGAUCGUCAAACGGCCAUCUUCCAUUGGAGCAAUGUUUCCUACGAAGUCAAAGUCAAGAAGAAUGAGAUGAAACGGAUCCUGGAUGGCGUGGAUGGCUGGUGUGAGCCGGGGACGCUCACUGCGCUCAUGGGCGUCUCGGGUGCCGGCAAAACCACCUUGCUUGACGCCCUCGCCUCACGCCUGUCUAUCGGCGUGGUAACUGGCGAGAUGCUCGUCGACGGUGCCCCGCGUGACGCUUCCUUCCAGCAAAAGACGGGUUACGUCAAGCAGCAAGACCAGCACCUGAUCACGUCGACAGUGCGUGAAGCCCUCACUUUCAGCGCUAUCCUCCGUCAGCCAGCGCGUUAUUCCCGUAAGCAAAAGAUUGCGUAUGUCGACAAGGUCAUUGGAAUUCUUGGUAUGGAGGAAUAUGCCGACGCGAUAGUGGGCGUGCCUGGAGAGGGCCUAAAUGUGGAACAGCGGAAGAGACUGACCAUUGGUGUUGAACUGGCCGCCCGACCUGCUCUGCUGCUGUUUCUAGAUGAGCCCACCUCUGGCUUGGAUUCGCAGACGAGCUUGUCCAUUUGCACUUUACUCGAGACAUUGAGACAGAACGGCCAGGCUAUACUUUGCACGAUUCAUCAGCCGUCAGCAGUUCUCUUUGAGCGGUUUGAUAGGCUUCUUCUCCUGGCUCGUGGCGGACGUACCGUCUACUUUGGCCAGAUCGGACGCAACGCCAAUGUCCUGGUGGACUAUUUCGUCCGUAAUGGCGGACCAUCGCCAAGAAAGGGGCAGAACCCCGCUGAGUACAUUCUCGAACAAGUCAGUGCCAGUGGUGAUAAGGCUGUAGACUGGCCCGACAUCUGGCGGCAGAGCACCGAGUAUGGCGAGGUCAAGGCCCGCCUUGCCCGCUUGAAAGAAACCGGGAGAGGGUAUCACACAAAACACGCAACUCAACAGCAGCAGGAUCCUGACUUCGCCGCCCCCUUUGCUAUCCAGCUCUCAGAGGUAGUCAAACGUGUAGCCCGACACUACUGGCGCAGCCCGGGUUAUAUUUACGCAAAGAUGCUGUUGACGUUUGGUGCCGCCCUCUUCAUCGGUCUCUCACUGCUCAAUAUGCCAAACACUCAGGUGGGCAUCACGGCCCAGACUAUCGCCAUCUUUAUGUUCCUCACGACGCACCUCAACCUGCUGCAGCAGAUCCUGCCUAUCUUCGUAGCGCAGCGCACGCUCUAUGAGGGCCGCGAGCAGCCGUCACGCACUUACUCGUGGGCUGCGUUCAUGGGGGGCCAGGUGGCUGUCGAGAUGGUUUACAACGCUCUGAUGGCUCCGCCAGCGUUUUUGGCUUGGUAUUACUUAGUUGGGCUGUAUCGCAACGCGGCAGAAACAAACGACACCGCCGCGCGCGGCGGUCUAGCUUUUUUGUUUAUGCUCGUCUUCUUCUUGCAGGCGAGCACAUUUGCGCACAUGAUUGGAGCCGUGUUCAACCUCCCCGACCAGGCCGCCGGUAUCGGCAAUCUCAUAUUUGUCAUGAUGUUCAUCUUUAACGGACUUCUUGCCGCGCCACCCAACUUCUGGGUGUGGGUGUACCGCGUCAACCCAUUCACCUACCUGGUUGAAGGUCUGUUAGGCACAGGGCUAGCGAACGCAGGUAUUCACUGCGCGAAGAAUGAGUUUCUUCUCAUGAACCCGCCGCCCGGGAUGACCUGCGGCCAGUACUUACAAACCUAUAUCGCCCAGGCGGGCGGGUACCUUGCUGAUCCGGCCGCCAUGGGAAACUGCAGUUUCUGCACUACGAGCAACACAAAUGAGGUGCUGGCCGGGGUGCACGUCGAAUUCGGCAAUCGCUGGCGCGACUUGGGGAUUUUGUUCGCGUACGUCUUUGUUAACGCCGUGCUCGCUUUUGCUUUGUACUGGGUACGUGUGCCCAAGCCCAAGAAGGAUAAAGACGGUAAACCAUCGCCGUCUAAAUCGCCAUCUGGCCAUCAUAGCAAGAGCAUAGACUCUCCCCCUGAAGCUUGGAACCGUCUAACAGUGGAGAGUGGGUCAGGCGAUGCUGGCGAGGACUCGCCAAAGCGUCGUUGGGACGAGAAACGAGCGAAUAAGUCCUUGAGCGGUGACACCUUGCAAGCCAGGAAAGUGCCGGGAUCGCUUCGAUCGUCCAUUAAGGGCAGUAAACAGGGACGCCGAGUCAGUCAUCUGCUUGGAGGUAGCGGCAAGAGGUAUUGGGAUGAUGAAGAUGACAGUAUCAACGAUAUCUUAACGCUCGACAAUGAAAUGGAGGAAGAUAAGAAGGAUAAGAUGUUGAACGACUUGGACGAGGGCAAAGAUGACAAUGAGGACUUGACUAUGGGCAAUUUCUCCAUGCAAAGGCCUCCCACGUUUCCUCAUUACUGGAUUUGA